CAACCAUCUUUCCCCCCUCUUUUCCCUGCUUCUCUCACUCCAUCCGAUUCACGCCCUCGGAUUGCUGGCGGCAGGCCGGGUGAUCCCUCAGGCGAGCCAGCGCUUCCACCACUGAAGAACGCCGACGCGAAACUCUUGGGAUCGUACGCCGCGCCCGAGCCAGUGAAUCCGAGGCGACGCGAUGUGCCGAGCCGUGCUGCUGGCCGCACUGGCCGCCCUGGCCGUGCUCGCCGUGGUCAGCGCUAACCGGGACGCGGACAUCUUCGCCGAGUCGGACCACGAAAUCGUCUACCGCUUUCCCCGAGGAGCCAGGAGCGGAGGGUCGAGGAGCAGAGGAGAGGAGUGUCGCUACAAGAAGGAGCCGUGGGAAGAGUGCGACCGCUCCACCAACACCCAGAAGCGCAAGCUCAUCCUCAAGCGGGGCAGUGGCAAGUGCGAGCCCACCAAGGAGCUCACCAGGAACUGCAAGAAAGUGCCAUCAUCAUCGUGCCGUUACGAGAAGGGUGCGUGGAAUGCCUGCAACGUGACGGCCAACACGCGUACCCGGGUGGACAAACUCAAACCAAGAAGCGACCCCACAUGCGAGCCUAACCGCACCGUCACAAAGAAGUGCAAGUCUGGUCUGGGCUGCCGCUACAACCGCAGCGUCAAGUGGAGUGAGUGCGACGCGCAGACGCAGACCCGGACCAAGACCAUGCCGCUGGUAAGCGGCAAUAGCGCGUCGUGCGAGAGCCACAAGGUGGUCACGAAGCCGUGCCGCAGCAACGGGGACCAGCGCCAGAUGAAGCGCAAGCCUAAGCAGGAUGAAGAGGAGGAAGAGGACGACGAGUGAACACCAAAGACACGUGGACGGGCGUUUGAAGCUGUCCUGGCUCCUGAGAGAAGGCAGCCAAGAUCUUUCAAAAAGUGUGGGCACAAGGGGCUGUUUACUCCGCACAACGCGCAAACAACGUCUUCAAGUUGGAGACAGCACGGUGACCUUACGCCGCAAGAUGACCGGCGCCGCCAAAUGUAUAAUGGGGUAUCUGCGUUGGGUUAUCCCCCCCUCCCCCCAGAAGGUCGAAAAACAUGCGUGUAUUGUUUCGUCGCACCACUGUAAAAGUCAGCGCACGGGCCACCUCUUUAACCUGUUCAAACCUGGUCACGUUAAAAUUUACGCUUACUGGUUGGACAUCGUGAAUUUAGCACAGCGCAAUACAAAAAAAGAAGUGCUGGAAGUCAGCGCUGUAUGCGUCGUCUUCUGUCCCUCUUCCUUGUUGCGCAGUUCUGAAUUCAGGCAGUUCAAACUGUGACUCACAUUGCGGCAUUAAUAUCGCUGUAUUGACUGCUUGAGCUGCCUUAUUGGGGGCCUUUCGUGGCCUUUUUUUACGCGAUGAAAGGUCAACAACCUGUAAUGACUUUUACUUGUCUCUGUACUCACUUUGUUCAAAUCGCUCAUUUAGAGAAAAAAAUCGUACAUCUUUCUGUGAAACAGACGGAUACUCAUGCCAAAAAAUACUCAAGCUUCGGACUGUCGCCCUCCUGUUUGUGUUAUGAUCGUGUUGUAGCACCAGGUGGUCGUAGCAUGGAGGUCAAGGACUCAAGCGGAGCAAAUUACAAUAAUACUAGCAAGCCUGGGAGCCAGCGGCAAUGUCAGUGGCGCAGUUUUAUCGAUGAUAUCAGAUCCAAGCAGAGAAAGGAUGCUUUGAACAAUUCUUAUCGGCUUAAAUUACUUAAUCUCGCUUUCAUACAUUGUACUCUGCAUUCUCACUAUAACCCAUAACACACGGUGACUUAAAGGCCAUAAUCACUUGCUGCAUAUCGAUGUGAAUGCGUCAUUAGGCUAGAGUGUGACGUGACGAAAGAUAGUGAAGUUGCGUCGUAAAGACGAGCGUAACCGCGUCCAAUGGAGAGCAUUUAUGGUUAAUCGACGAUGGGGCCACCUUUGUCAGCAACGAUAAAGUCGUUGAUAUCUUACAGAUGACGAACAGCUAGUCUGCCUUGCAUUCUAAAGAAGAAAGCCUGCAAGGAAGGAUUCCUAAGUGAGCAAUCAGGUCAGGCUUUUCUGAAUACUGGUUACACCAGCCUAACUCUUACAACACCACAGCCACAGUGUAUUGGCCGUAGUUGACAACAGUCUGCUACAAACGACAAAAAGUCAAAAGCUACCAAACCAAGUCCAGCGAGCAAGCGAUGCUACCUAAAAUUUCAAUAGUUCUGAAGCAUUUCUCUAUCAUCAGCAUUUGGUAGUCGGUCGCUUUUCACAAGUACUAAAGGACUGGGCUGCGAUAAUGUAACGAUUAAAUUCCAUUUCCUUUCCUUUCCGUGCUUCGUCAUUGGUCACAGUGGCGACGAGCCUGCGUUAUCGCCAGGAUCAACCGGUCGUGUGAAGCGGAUAUGCAAGGCAUAGAAUCGACCGAAAAGAAUCGUGACAUUAUACUGGCCCUGGAAUCGGCAUUCGUAAAUUUUACGACAGGCGCAUACCGCAAGACUUUAAGCCUUCUCGUUAUCUCUAUUCAUCAACAGCGAUCUCCUUUUGCUAAAUUUGAAUGCCGGUCUAAGACUGACUCUAAAAUGUUUUGUUGGGCUGUCCGAUAAUUUUGUAAGCUGUCCGUGAUUGCAUAUGGAUAUGCUACUUAUUUGGAUUGUAUAUUCAGACGACACUUCGACGCAAAAUUUUCUUGUGUGGUUAUGUAAUGCCUAGAAAUUAUAGAAUACUUACAAGCUAUUUAAUGUAUAAUACAACGCAAAUAAUGGACUGCACAAUGUAACCAUUCAGCAGGUCCAUCGGCUGAAGCCACUUUACUCACCGAACAGGUAGUCUGCGAUUUUUCUGGCAUAGUUAAGCUUUAGGUCGCCACUGUCGAAGCAGCUCAUUCAUCUCGAUCGUAAAGGGUUUCGAAAAUUGCUUAUCUUCCAACGGAGCGCGAUCACUCGUCUUUAUCUAGCCAAUAUCUCACUGUUCUCUCAUUGCCGUUGUUCUACGUUAGCUUUAGAACGCACACGCAGCGUACUUUGCAACCGCGUACAUGUCGCGGCUGUCUUUCUUCUGCUCUUAUCACAUUUACUCAAUGUGCCAAUGAACAUUUCAAGGGCAUUCCAGGUGGGAGAAGAGGUGUAACGGGUCGAUGAAUGUGUGACCCGGCCACGUUUUGUGGCUUGUGUAACGUCUUUUCAUACUCCAGCUCUUAUACUUAAUGCAUUUGUGGAGGUGGUGCGGGAAGGAGGUGGGUUUCACUAAUUAAACUAUCGUUGUUCGACCUAUUAUCGUCCCCAGCGUGCUUCUGUAGUUGCAGUAUACACUUCCUCUCUGUCCCCUUGUAGAUCACGUGCUCCUUGUCACUUUAAGACGGUGUUCCCUUCAUUGGACAACGAAGACGUGCGCGGAAUGGUGUUCUUUUUGUUAGUGUUUUUUUUUUUUCUUAUUUUUCACGAUUUUAUUUGCUUCACAGUGUCUUAUACUACGAAUAAAAGAAAUGCCUUCAAAAUA